GUCCGCUUUCGUUGCGCCCCCCACGUCCCACCCCGCCCCACCAAGGAUGCCCAGAACACCGGACAGUUGCCACUGCAAGAUAUGUAAAAGUCAAGAGAAGACUCUAAAAAUAGCAAAGAUGCUUUUGAGCCAGAAUGCCUUCAUCGUCAGACCGCUUAAUUUGUUUCUCAUGGUGUGUAUCAGCCUCGUGUUUGGUAUUUCACAUGAUUUGCCUGAUUACACAAGUGAAUCUUGCACUUUUAAGAUAUCAUUGCAAAAUUUCCGGUCCAUCUUAUCAUGGGAAUUAAAAAACCACUCCAUUGUGGCAACUCACUAUAAGUUGCUGUAUACAAUCAUGAGUAAACCAGAAGAUUGGAAGAUAGUUAAGAACUGUGCAAAUACCACAAGAUCAUUUUGUGACCUCACAGAUGAGUGGAGAAGCACACACGAGGCCUAUGUCACCCUCCUAGAAGGAUUCAGCGGGAACACAACCUUGUUCAAUUGCUCACGCAAUUUCUGGCUGGACAUAGACAUGUCUUUUGAACCGCCAGAGUUUGAGAUUGUUGGUUUUACCAACCACAUUAAUGUGAUCGUGAAAUUUCCAUCUAUUGUUGAGGAAGAAUUACAGUUUGAUUUGUCACUUGUCAUUGAAGAACAGUCAGAGGGGAUUGUUAAGAAGCAUAAACCCACAGUAAAAGGAAACAUGAGUGGAAAUUUCACCUAUAUCAUUGACAAGUUAAUUCCAAACACAAACUACUGUGUAUCUGUUUAUUUCGAGCAUAACGAUGAGCAGGCAGUCAUCAAGUCUCCCUUAAAAUGCACCCUCCUUCAACCUGGCCAGGAAUCAGAAUCAGCAGAAUCUGCCAAAGUAGGAGGAAUAAUUACUGUGUUUUUGAUAGCGUUGGUCUUGAUAAGCACCAUAGUGACACUGAAAUGGAUUGGUUAUAUAUGCUUAAGAAACAGCCUCCCCAAAGUCUUGAAUUUUCAUAACUUUUUAGCCUGCCCAUUUCCUAACCUGCCACCGUUGGAAGCCAUGGAUAUAGUGGAGGUCAUUUACAUCAACAGAAAGAAGAAAGUGUGGGAUUAUAAUUAUGAUGAUGAAAGUGACAGUGAUACUGAGGCAGCACUCAGGACAAGUGGCGGUGGCUAUACCAUGCAUGGACUGACUGUGAGGCCUCUGGGUCAGACCUCCGCCACCUCUACAGAAUCCCAGUUUACAGACCCAGACUCCGAGGAGGAGCCUGACCUGCCUGAGGUUGAUGUGGAGCUCCCCACGACGCCAAAGUGCAGCCCUCAGCGGUUGGAGCUCUUGAGUGCGCCCUGUGAGAGGAGAGAGAGUCCGCCCCAGGACCCCUUUCCCGAAGAGGACUACAGCUCCACUGAGGGGUCUGGGGGCAGAAUUACCUUCAAUGUGGAUUUAAACUCUGUGUUUUUGAGGGUUCUUGAUGAUGAGGACAGUGAUGACUUAGAAGAAGCCCCUCUGAUGAUAUCAUCUCAUCCGGAAGAGAUGGUUGACCCAGAAGAUUCUGACAAUGUGCAGUCAAGCCAUUUGCUGGCCAGUGGGGAAGGGACACAGCUAACCUUUCCCAGCCCUUCUUCAGAGGGCCUGCAAUCUGAAGAUGUUCCAUCUGAUCAAAGUGAGACUUCUGAGUCAGAUGUUGACCUUGGGGAUGGUUAUAUAAUGAGAUGACUCCAAAACUAUUGAAUGAACUUGGACAGACAAGCACCUAUAGGGUUCUGUCUCCCUGCACCCUAACUUGCUGCCUUAUCAUCUGCAAGUGUUCUCCAAGGGAAGAGGUAGGGAACUGUAGGGUACUCCAUUCUUCCAGGUGGCAUCACCUAUGCAGAUUCCCAGUAUGGGGACCAUAGUAUCAUUGAGUGCAUUGUUUACAUAUUCAAAGUGAUGGACUUUGAAGGAAGCACGUGUGCACCUUCCCUUUACACUAAUGCACUUAAGAUGUUUCUGCAUCAUGUUUACCAGGGAGCAGGGUUCUCUGUGGUUUCAGAGGUGGUCCAGGACCCUAUGAUAUUUCUUUUCUUUUCUCUUUUUUUUUUUUUUGAGACAGAGUCUCAUUCUGUCACCCAAGCUGGAGCGCAAUGGCGUGAUCUCGGCUCACUGCAACAUCUGCCUCCCGGGUUCAAGUGAUUCUCCUGCCUCAGCCUCCCUCGCGAGUAGCUGGAACUACAAGCGCCCACCACCACGCCUGGCAAAUUAUUGUAUUUUUAGUAGAGACGGGAUUUCACCGUGUUGGCCAGGCUGAUCUCUAACUCCUGACCUCAAGUGAUCCACCCUCCUCAGCCUCGAAAAGUGCUGGGAUUACAGGGGUGAGCCGCUGCGCCCAGCUGGCCCUGUGAUAUUUCUGGGAAGUAAAUUGGGCCAGGGUGGGAGCAGUGAAAGAAAAGGAAAAUAGUAGCAAGAGCUGCAAAGCAGGCAGGAAAGGAGGAGGAGAGCCAGGGGAGCCCCUGGAGAGAAGGGGGGCCCUGCACAAGGAAACAGGGAAGAGCCAUCGAAGUUUCAGUCAGUGAGCCGUGGGCAUCUCACCUAUGUCACAUCCUGUCUCCUGCACUUGGAAUUCCACCUUGUCCAGCCCUCCCCAGUUAAAGUGGGGAAAACAGACUCUAGGAUCAGGCACAUGACUAAUACAGAAAGGAAACAUGGCGUUGGGGAGAGGGAUAAAAACCUGAGUGCCAUAUUUUAAG